AACAUGUUGACAGUAAUCACAUAAAAACAUAUAACAAUGAAUAAAAAAUUAGUAAGUUUUCAUGAAAUUCCAUUUAAAUUUCAACAAUUACGUAACUUAACAGUGGACAAAAAUAUUAAUAAUAAUAAUAAUAAGUUAACAACCGAAAAUAAGAAGUAUCAUGAUCUUGAAUGGAACGAAGCGUUACCGUUUGAAUUUCUACCAGGGCCCAAACCGUUACCAAUCAUAGGAAAUGCCUGGAGAUUUUUUCCCUUUAUUGGAAAUUAUUAUGGCAAAAAUAUAUUGGAGCUACAUAAACAAUUGCAUAAAGAAUAUGGAAAUAUAGUUAUUUUAAAAGGGAUAAUGGGAAGGCCACCAUUUGUGAUAACAUUUUCUCCAGAGGAUUGUGAAAAAAUAUUUCGUAAUGAAGGAUCCAGGCCCUACCGAAAUGGAAUUGGAUCACUUGCUUAUUAUCAAAAAGUCGUCAGGAAAAAUAUUUAUAAGAAUAACGCAAGCUUGGCAGUAUUGCAAGGUGAUGAAUGGCAUAAAAUGCGAGCACAAGUGAAUAAUGCCUUAAUGCAACCACGAGUAGUUGCAAGAUAUGUUAAUAGAAUAGAAAAUGUUGCAAGAGAUUUUAUAUUAAAAAUUGAUUUUCUUCUUAAAAAUAGUAAAAAUACUAAUGAGUUACCAGAUGAUUUUUUAAAUGAAAUAUAUAGAUGGUCUUUAGAGACUGCUGGUGAAAUAUCAUUAGAUACCAGACUUGGGUGCCUGGAAUUAAAUGUGUCACAAAAUUCAGAAGUUCAACAAUUAAUCGAUGCUGUUAAUGAUAUGUUUGAUCUUAUAUUUGAAUUAAACAUUUUACCGUCAAUGUGGCGACAAAUUAGUACACCGAAAUAUAAAAAAUUUGUUCGAACAAUGGAUUAUUUAACCAGCAUUUGUAGGAAGUAUGCUGAUCGUGCUCAAACGAAAAUGCUCAGCAGUGAACAUAAUAACGAUACUGUUCCAAGUGUUUUAGAAGUGUUAUUAAAAGUAGAUAAAGUAGUAGCCAUUAUUAUGGCAGUGGAUAUACUUCUUGCUGGCGUAGACACUACCGGAAAAACAGCUGCAGCAGUUAUGUAUUUUUUAUCAAUAAAUCAAGAAAAACAAGACAAACUUCGUGAAGAAUUAUUAGAACUAAUGCCUGAUCCAAAUGCACCAUUAACACGUCAAAUAUUAGAUAAAAUGACGUAUUUACGUGGUUGUAUAAAAGAAGCACAACGAAUUGCAUCAAUUACACCUGGACAAAAUCGUGUUUUACCAAAGGAUAUUACACUUUCUGGUUAUCAAAUUCCUAAAAAUACAGAAGUGUUUACUGGUAACUUGUUAAUGUGUAAUUUGGAUGAAAAUUAUCCAAAGUCUAAUCAAUAUAUUCCUGAACGGUGGUUGCGAAACAGUGCACCGGAAUUAACAGCCAAAACUACUCAUCCAUUUGUUUUCUUACCAUUUGGACAUGGACCAAGAGCUUGUAUUGGAAGACGUUUUGCAUUUUGUGAGUUGGAAGUUUUAAUAGCUACGGUAUUUCGAAAAUAUAAAUUUGAAUGGCAUCAUGAUGAAAUGAAAUUUAAUAGUCGAUUAUUUUAUGGAGUUGAUAGCCCGUUGAAAUUUAAGCUGAUUCCCAUAUAUUGAUUAAAUUUUUUUAUGGUUUUAUCAGAUUUUAUUCAUACUAAGGAGAAAAAAUGUAUAAUGAUUGUAAGACUGAUUAAUGAAUAUAGUUAAUAUUUAAACAAA